CCCUUGGAGCCGGCCAGUUACCCCCCUCCCGUCCCCAGGCCCAGGGCGGAGCACUGCGCUUAAAGCCAAGGAGGGAAUGGGACGUCGCUCAGCCUGCUAUCUGGGUUCUGCACUGAUUUCGGGGGUCGGCGGGGAGCCCCAAGGGUGGGCCCUGGAGGGAGGCCUGGGCCUGGAGAGGAAGGCGGGGCUUGCGGCGGGUCCGAGGCUUGGGGAAGGGGCUGGCAGAGUGCGCGGCUGGCAGGGUGCGGAGCUCAGGCUCCAUCAUUACUCUGGGGACAGGGGUGAGGGCGGAUCCCAGGAGGUGCAGAGAGCAGCUUUCGCUCGCAGGCUUAGACUUCCCGGGCAAUCGGUCUCCCGGCGCUGCAGUAAAGUGGGGUUCGUCUGGAGCCCGGCCAGAAGCGGAGAGAAGGCCGGCCCCGCUGGCUCUGAGGUCGCCCUGGCGGUAGCAGGGGAGAUGGGCUUGCUCUCAAUUUUGCGCAAGUUGAAAAGUGCACCAGACCAGGAGGUGAGAAUACUUCUCCUGGGCUUGGAUAAUGCUGGCAAGACCACUCUUCUGAAGCAGCUAGCAUCUGAAGAUAUCAGCCACAUCACACCUACACAGGGUUUCAACAUCAAAAGUGUACAAUCACAGGGUUUUAAACUGAAUGUAUGGGACAUUGGUGGACAGAGGAAAAUCAGACCAUACUGGAGGAAUUAUUUUGAAAAUACUGAUAUUCUUAUAUAUGUAAUCGACAGUGCAGACAGAAAAAGAUUUGAAGAGACGGGUCAGGAACUAGCAGAAUUAUUGGAGGAAGAAAAACUAAAUUGUGUGCCAGUGCUCAUCUUUGCUAAUAAGCAGGAUUUGCUCACAGCAGCUCCUGCCUCUGAAAUUGCAGAAGGACUGAACCUGCAUACUAUCCGUGACCGAGUGUGGCAGAUCCAGUCUUGCUCAGCUGUCACAGGAGAGGGUGUUCAGGAUGGCAUGAACUGGGUCUGCAAAAAUGUCAAUGCAAAGAAGAAAUAAAAUCUAGACGAAUGGAGACGCAGGAGCUGCGGGAGCCGAAUUCGGUCCUGAAAAACACUAAUUUGCUGCUUUCUGACCAAAUGUUUUUCCAUCUGUGUACAGCUACAGCUGUUUGAAGAGAGGGAACAACACAGUUUAGAAAGAAUCCCCAUUCCAGCAGUAGAUUUAACUGAUCUCUGAGGUUCAGUAUCAUUUUUCAAAUAAAGGAAUUAUAUUAUUUCCUCUGCAUAAUUGAAAUAGUAUUAAAUGUCUCAAAGCACAUGAUUAGAAAAUGAGAUCUUUUAAAUGAGCAAGAGAUUGCAUUGCAGUUUAGACAAUUCCAGUGGGCUUUUUUUUCCUCUCGAAAAAAAGAAAAAGAGGAAGAAGCAGCUUUGCUGAGUUCAUUUAUUUACUGACCCGUCCCUUGCAUUCCCUCCAUGGUUUUGAAACCACAGACAGUGUUUGCUGCUGCUGUCAGUGAUUUUUACCAUCACCAGCCCAGCCAGGCUUCAGUCUGUCCGGCAGGAAGCUGCUGGGUGGGGGUGGGGGGAGAAAAGGCAGAUAAUUAAACUAUCCCAUCGUCUCACAGGUCAGAGACUACGUAUGUAAUCCUCACUCUUUGGACAGAAAAAAAAAGAAAAAAAAAAAAAACCUUUCCUGCAGA